CUUUACUGCAAUUUUCUGUCAGGAAGAGGAUGAGGAAAACGAGGAGGAGGAAGAAGAAGGAGGAGAAGAAGAGGAAGGAGAGGAGGAAGGAGGUGAGGAAAACGAAGAGGAAGUAGAGGAGUCUGCCACUGAAGCUCCAAGCAAUCAAACAGAAACCCCCGGCCCCUUCACAGAGACACUUGCCAGUGGGUGUCAGAGAACUGGCAGAGAAAUCAGCUGCAGAGGUCUUGGUAUGACUCACCUACCAGAAAUGUACAACCUGGAGGCCACAAAGCUGGACUUGGCAGAGAACCACUUGAGCGGCUUCACAGCACAGUCUUUCUCCGGUCUCCCCAACCUUGACACACUGGACCUGAGCAAAAACCAACUGUACGAAGAGUCCUUCAGUGAACAGCCUCUGUCUAGUCUGACCUCUCUGAAGAAGCUGAACCUAGAUGGAAACCAGCUCACCAGGAUCCCGACAUUGCUGCCGCCAUCGCUUGCUGAGCUUAAUCUCAACAACAACCGGCUUAUAACACUCACCGAGGACUCUUUCAAAGGUCUGACGAACCUGUUGACUCUGGAGCUACAGGAGAACAUUCUCCAUGAGGGAAGUGUGUCACCGCUCACCUUCAAACCUUUGAAGAAGCUUCAGAGACUGCAGUUGGACAACAAUCGCUUCCGUUACCUCCCGAUGGGCCUUCCAUCGUCUCUGCAGGAGUUGAGAAUGAAAGGAAAUCAGAUUCUUCAGCUGUCAGAAGAGCCGCUCAGGGGCUGCAGCAAUCUAAAGGUUCUGGAUCUGAAUCACAACCUCCUGCAUGAGCAACGUGUUGUUGACCAAGCCUGGCGCCAUCUCAAGUCCCUGGAGGAUCUCGAUCUGUCUAACAACCAGUUCACCUCUGUGCCCAUGAAUCUGCCUGGUCGCCUUAAAAACCUGAGCCUCCAACACAACAGUAUCCGUCACAUACGCGCCUUCACCUUCCGUCACCUGCGGCCCGGCCUGCAGUUCCUCGGUUUGUCCUACAACUUCGUGAGCAAUGAGGGAAUCGAGCGGCACUCUUUCGUAGGUACGUUCCGCUCCCUGAAGGAGCUCCUACUGGACAACAAUCGUCUGAACGAGGUCCCUCACUGCAUUCGACAGUUGAAGAAUCUGCAGGUGUUGAGACUGGACAACAACCAGAUCAGGCUGGUGAGGCAGUGGGGAGUGUGCCACCCGCAAAAUUCCGGCUCCACCUUGAUGACACUCCACUUGGAGAACAAUUAUCUGAAAGUGGAGAAUGUUCCCCCGAAGGCCUUCUCCUGUCUAGUUGAUGUAAAUGGACUGUUCCUCUAACAAUAGCAUACAGACACAUUAUGUCAAUUAGACUACACAGAUAAACUACCUAAAUAUAUGCAUGUACAUUACUUUGAGGUACAGCUAAGCAAGUACCAUGCUUUAUUCUUUCUCUGCCUCCACUGCUCUUCAACAUUAAGCAUGCAAGCAUCAGGAGACAUUAGACAAACCGCUUUAUCAUGGAGUUUCCUUAAUUUAAUCAGCCCAAGCUUUCAUCUUACUCUCAAACCCAUCAUUUUCUUUCACAUCUCACGUCUGACGAGGAAAAUACUGUAUCUGUAAUGUUGGGGUAUGUAUUAAAGCACAUGUGUAAUUUA